GUACUCCGAAGUGGAAUCGAAACCGAAACCGUGCGGAUUUAACCACUGUCUUCGGUCCGAAGUGGCUUCGGAGCAACUCUGUGAUCUCCUUGAGUGAAGUUAACACAGUAUGGCAUCUGGAUCUUCUAACGGAGUCCUGCGACCCCUUCUCCUCAGUAUAGUUGUACUGGGAGUCUUCGUGACUGUGUUUCUGAUGUAUUUUAAACCUUAUACAAGCUGGUUCUGUCCUGUAGAGUCAGAUCAGGUGAAGAACCUCAUCUCCACCAAGAGGGAUAAGAAUGCCACCAUUGUGCUGAUCUGGCUCUGGUCCUUAGGCAGUGAGUUUGACUUCAGCGUCUGCAGCUCUCUCUUUGAAAUUGAUAACUGCUUCAUCACAGCAGACAGGAACUUCUACAGUAAGUCACAUGGGGUCAUCAUCAAUCACAGAGACAUCAGGGGUGACCUGUCCAAUCUGCCGCAGCUGCAGCGGCCAUCUUUUCAGAAGUGGAUAUGGAUGAACUUUGAGUCGCCGACACAUUCAUCCAAACUGUCUGGGAUAGAGAAGCUGUUCAAUCUGACUAUCAACUAUCGUCAGGAUGCAAACAUUGGAGUGCCUUCUGGGACCAUCGUACCAGCAGAGGGGGAGGAGAAUUUUGUACCACCCAGUAAAAACAAGCUGGUCUGCUGGAUAGUGAGCAACUGGAACCCACAGCAUGACCGUGUGAAAUAUUUCAAUGAGCUGCAGAAACAUGUUAAGGUCCAUGCAUAUGGACGAGCGUUUGGGAAGCACAUUUCUGACAAUGACCUCAUGCCAACCAUCACCAGCUGCAAGUUCUAUCUGUCCUUUGAGAACUCCGUCCACAAGGAUUACAUUACUGAGAAACUAUUCAACCCACUCUCAGUAGGAACAGUGCCAGUGGUUCUGGGCCCGACCAGGCAGAACUAUGAGAAGAUUGUCCAGGGAGACGCCUUCAUUCAUGUCGAUGACUUCAGCUCACCCAAGGACCUGGCUGAUUACCUGCUGCUUCUGGACAAGAAUGAGGAAAUGUACCUCAAGUACUUUGAGUGGAGGCGACACUUUAAAGCAAGGAAGGUCCAAUUUCCGGUAGAACACGCAUGCCUGACUUGUGAUUAUUUGCGUAAGCACAAAGAAUACAAGGCAUUCAAUGACCUUGAUACGUGGUUCUGGGGCAGCUAGAGAGUUAAAGGGUUAGGAAUCUGUUUUUGUGAGGGUUUUUUUUUUUUUUUUUUUUGACCAAGUCUUCCAAGUCCUCCCAUGCCACACCUCUGCUGAUCCAGCUGCACUGGCUCCGCAUAUAAUUCAAAGUGCAGUUUAAGAUUAUGAUUUUGACAUUUAGGGCUCUGCAUGGACAAGCGCCAACAUACAUCAGUGAUCUUUUACAUCCUUACAUCCCCAGCAGGUCCCCGAGGUCAUGUGAUCAGGGCUUGCUUGCUGUCCAUAACACGAGGCUGAAAACAAAAGGUGGCAGAGCUUUAGUAACUGUGGCCCCCAGACUGUGGAAGUCUCUUCCAUUGAGCCUGAGAUCUGUGGACUCAGUGGUCUCUUUUAAAAAACAGCUAAAAACUCAUCUUUUGAACUUGCUUUUGGUUGAUUUUUGUUUUUAUGUUUUAGCUCCUGUG